AUUCUUAUUGUUGUUAUUGUCAUCAAGCGUCAUUCGUUCAUCGCCGCACUUUAGACAUACUCUUCCAUCUACAACGUCCUUCUCGCUGUGGAUAUUCGCUUGUUUCCAUAACAGUACAACAACCAAAAACAACAACAACAGCUCUUAAUACAAUAAUUAUCAAUCCUUUACACCAAAAAAUGGGUUGCUUCCGACAGAUGUUCCAGUGCUUGGUGGCUCCUUUCCAGCGCAAGAAGGAGCAGCCUCGCGCAUUGGAAAUUGGACCCCCGACCAACUUCCGUAAGGAAGAAUCCCCCGUCUUGUUCUCGGACGACGACACCUUGGCACCUCAUGACAGCCAUUGCGAUGUCGCAGAGAAAGUGUCUGACAGUGAUGCUGCUGGGCAGCAGAACUCGAGGCGCGAUAUGAUCAAGCAACAUGUGCGAAGACUGAGCACCAAGAUCACUCCACCAGCGCCCGCAAGCUCAUGAAGCUUUUGUUUCAACAACGCAAUCGCGAUGACGUAACAACACGAAGAUCGAUAUGAUAGACGAAGGGAUUUGUGAAACAAAAUUGUUUUGAGAGCAUGACGCUAGUGAGUGGGUUCAUGGAGGUGCCCGUCGA